AAAGAGAAGAAGAAAAGUUUUUGGAAGAUCAAGAGGGAGGGGACUCUGGAGUGAAAGUGUAGUAAUCCGACAGCGAGCAUGACCGACGCCGAGGCGCAGAGCGCUCCUCCACCGGCUCCUGUGGAAGACAAGCCGCAGCCUGAGAGAAAAGUCAUAGCCACCUUGGUCCAAGGCACAGUGAAAUGGUUCAAUGUGAGAAAUGGAUAUGGCUUCAUAAACAGAAAUGAUACCAAAGAAGAUGUGUUUGUCCAUCAGACUGCUAUAAAGAAAAACAAUCCUAGGAAGUUUCUCCGCAGUGUGGGAGAUGGGGAGGUUGUAGAGUUUGAUGUGAUUGAAGCAGCCAAGGGCUCUGAGGCUGCCAAUGUAACAGGUCCGGGUGGCAUUCCAGUCAAAGGCAGCCGCUAUGCACCCAACAAACGCCGCUUCCGUCGACGAUUCUUCCCUCGCAGCCCUCGGCCAGGUGACCAGAGCAAACCGACUGAUGGCCAGGUCCAAAGUGGUGAAGGCGAGGGUUCAGGGGAGAACGGGGACACGAGGCCUCCGCAGCGCCGCCGGAGGCCUCGCAGACCACGACCUGAAGAUGGUGAGGCUGGAGAGCAAAAUGGAGAGGAUGAACAAUCUCAGCGACCACCACAGCGCAGAUUCUGGCGCCCGUACCGCAGGCCGUUUCGCCCUCGUCCGCCUCCUGAAAAGACUGCAAAUGGCCAGCAGGCUGCACCAGGAGAGAGCCAGGAGCAGGGUGGGGUGAAGCAGACAGAGACAUCUGAGGCCCCACACACCAACGGAGAAACGGCAGAGGGCCAGAAACAACGCCGCCAGUCUAGACGCCGCAGACAAAGGACCUCGGAGUCCUCUACCUCCAAAAAUGAUGCAGAGAAAUCUGCAUCAGACCCUGGCACCCCCCCACAGACCUCAAAACCAGCUGACCUUAAAUCUUCAACAAAAUCACCGAAGGCCUCCCCCAAAUCUUCUCCUAAAACACCCAAAUCAACUGAGCAGGCAGAUGACACAACAGUCCCAGCAGCGACAGAGUGACGCCAGCAACAGGACAGUCACAUGGCCCUUGGCACGAGGUCCUAGGGUUGGAGGACUGGACCUUUUUCAGAACACAUGCACUGCUCUCUCCUCCCUGCACCCCCUCCCCAUCCUCCAACCCACCAUGUUAUGCUGUCAUCCCUCAGCCUCCCCCUCCUUCCCCUCUCCACUUGUUUUGUGUUGUCCGUCUAGACAUUUGGAGAGGGUUGAGACAGGGAAGGAGGAAAGGGGAAGCAUACAGGUGGGUUGUGGGUGCAUGUUUAUAAAGUGAAAGUACAUCUUUUUAAAAGAAUGGGAAAGAAAGGACGGCCUGCUUGGUAACCCAGUUAUUCCAACCCCCUUUAAAAUCUAUUUUCUUUAUUUAAAUAAUUACCUAAAUAAGGAACACUUUGAGUGGUUCUAAGAGGAACCAGCCUAUUUUUUUAUUUAAUGUUCUAGUUUGGUUGAAGAGGGGAAAACCAAGCAGGUGUGAGGUUGGUGGUGCAUUAUGGGAGUCAGUUUAGUUCUGUUACCACCUCAGGUCUUAAAAGCCUCCAGCUCCCUUUGUCUCCUCAGUUUAGGAUAGAUUAAUGAAAAAUUUUAUUUUUUGUUGUACUUGUGUGUGCUUUUUCUUUGGAGGGGAUCGUGUGCAAUGUCAAAAAGCUAAUUAAUAAAAGUUGUUUGCAAAUCUCA